AAAAGAUAUCUCCGUCAAGCUUCUCUUCUUCUCUACUAUGAUAUCUACUCUGCUCUCUUUUAGUGUACAGAAGAAUAAUAAUUCCUAUGUUGGAGAAAAAGGAGCAAGAGCGGUCGUCGUCUUCUCCAAGAUGAGGAGGAAUACACAGAGAAGAAAGUCAAGAAAACCUAAACAUUCGCAGGAAAUGGCGGCGACGAAGACACUAAUUAGUCAACAAGACGUUGUUUCUGAUGACCUGAACUAUGAACUGUGGGCUCGAACCAUGAAAGCCAGACUAGUAGAGAAAGAACUUUGGGCUGUUGUUGAAAAUGGAAUCCCACGGGCCGAUCCAUCGAAGAUUCCAGAGUUAGCGGCGGCGACGAUUCAACCCGAAGAGCUUUCCAAAGACAAAGAAGCGCUCCAGAUUCUGCGAUCUUCUCUCCCAGAUUCGCUGAGAAAGACACUCGAGAGCACCACUACUUCAGCCAAACAUCUUUGGGAUUUGUUAAAAGAAGCUAACGAGGAACAAUCCAAGUCAGAGAAGAAGACGAAGAAACUCGAACGUAACAUCAUCUCCUCAUCAUCAUCGUUCAUGGAUCCUCGUUUAGAAUCGAAUCAUCAUUAUCUGGCUAUUACGAAUAUGGUACUCUCGUUGUCAGAUUCAUAUGAUCUUACAACGAAUGAACUCAUCGUCAUGGGUGUGAAGAAGCUUACUUUUAACAGUAUCCGUCGGCUUCUUGAUCUUGUUGAAUCAUAUACAGUGAAGUGGACCUUGUAUGAAGUUUUGGAAAAAAACGAGUUCCGAGCAUCACGCGAUUGUGAAGGUUUUAUCAGAUGGAUGACCUCCAUGUCAGAUUCAUAUGAUGGUACAGCUCUGGCGAUGGAGCAAGUCGUGAGUGUGAAGAACCUGACUUUUGAAACUACUCGUGAGCUUCUUGAUGUAUUUGAAUCAGUACCAGCGCAGACCGUCAGUGAGAUUAUGAAAGGAUUUGUGGUUGGAUCAUCAUCACAUGUGAAAGAAGUUGGCUAUUCACCCAGUGAUCUUAGGCGUUUGCUAAAAGAAGCCAGGUUAGAGAUGAAGGAAUUAGGUGAAGGUACUAUCAGCUCAGCAUCGUCAUCACAAUGGAAAAAAGAUAGUGCUACGACAAGGGUGAUGAAAUCUAGGCAUGAAAGAGGAGAGUGUAUUCGAUGUGGAAGGAAAGGGCAUGUUUUCAAAGACUGUAGCAGCAGCAACAACAGAAGAAAGAAUCAAAGCAGGGAUGAUGUUGUUGGUCCUGUGACCUUUGAGAAGGAUAUGUGGAUGAUAUACGACACUACCACUAACCAUAUGACUCCACAUAUCAAGUAUUUCACCACUUUAGACAGAAGACACAGAGCUCAGAUCGAAUUCAUCACCGGGGAAUCUGUCGCUGCUGAAGGAAUGGGAGAUGUCAGGAUCAUGACCAAGAAAGGGUUGAAGAAGACUAUCAAGGAUGUGCUUUUUGUUCCCAAGAUCGACAGAAACGUGUUGAGUGUUUCUCAGCUGACAGACGCAGGCUACAUAGUCGCAAUGACCACUGACAAAUGCAUUAUAAUGGAAGAGAAAACUGGGAGAUCAUUUGGUCAAUGCUUGUGGGAAGAGAGAGGCUAUUUUCUGCGUUUGCAGGUGGUUGAAAGGUAAUCUCACAUCUACUUGCUAGACUUACUAGUAAUCAUCAGUUAGUCUAUUAUGGGGAUUUGGUUCGGUUUAUUCAGUUUUACAGUUUGUAGAUCUGGCAUCAAUCUUAGUUUUGAGGAAACAUUUUUGGAUUACUUACUGUAUGCUGUGACUGUUUUGCGGAUAUGAACAUACAUAUAGUACUGCUUAUGUUAAGUCUUAGUGGUAAA